AUGGCGUUUUCAUCUUCUUGUUCAACCGUCAAAUCCGUUAACUCACGGUGGACAUCUCCACGUCCAUCACCAGUACCAAAACUCGCAUCCCUCCGUCUAUCUCUGUUACCAGAGCUCCGUUACACACCAAACCUCAAACUAACGGCGACCAACGCCUUGAGAACCGUCGAGCAAACGAAGUUAACAGAGGAAAACAAUCUCUCCACAUACGGAUCUGACCAAGAAGACCUAGCGUCGCUUCCUAAGCCGAGGAUCCUCGUCGCGGAGAAGCUAGGAGAAGCCGGAGUCAACCUCCUCCGAGAAUUCGGCGACGUGGACUGCUCUUACGAGCUUUCACCGGAGGAUCUGAAGAAGAAAGUGUCCGAGAGCGACGCGUUGAUCGUUAGAAGCGGAACUAAAGUGACGAGAGAAGUGUUUGAGGCGGCGAAGGGGCGGUUGAAAGUUGUCGGAAGAGCUGGAGUUGGGAUUGACAACGUUGAUCUUCAAGCUGCGACGGAGUAUGGAUGUUUGGUGGUUAAUGCUCCGACUGCUAACACGGUGGCUGCAGCGGAGCAUGGUAUCGCUUUGCUUGCUUCUAUGGCACGGAACGUUGCUCAAGCUGAUGCUUCCACUAAAGCAGUAAUUGCUAAAAUAAUGGUUUACUAUGGCCGUUUGCGCUUACUACAUGUGACUGCAAUCUACAACUAA